AGGGAGGUGUGAUCUUUUUUCUUCUUUUCUUUUUAACAUGAAUAAAACUCAUAAUUUACCUUCCAUCACCACUUUACUUUCUUCGCCUCCUCGUAUUGUCGUCGUACGAGACGAUGGAAAUCAACACACUACAGACGAUGAUGAUGCUCUAUCACCGAGAUAUCUAAAGUCUCCAACCAAUUACAAUGAUCGUCUAUCCGCCACUCUUUCGCCCAUGCUAUCACCCAUAGACUCUUAUGCUUCCUCUAUACACACUUUAUCACCCAAUAUCACUCCAUUACAACCUACCUCUCCUUUACCCGCCAUGUUGGCUUUACCACCCUUACAAGGCGAUGAUCCACCACGAAGACUUCAAAGACAUCCUUCCAUUUCUUCUAUCGCUUCUAUCUCUCCAAAACCCGCUUUUAAUUCCCUCUGGUCAUCAUCCGCACCUUCCUCACCUCGUCCCCUCAGCAGAUCUCCCUCCCCAGCAGCAGUAGCAGCAGCAACAGCACCAUCGCAUAAAGAAAACACACAGCAUCUAUACCAGGCACGCCUGCAAAAAGCACCCCAAUCACCAGAAAGAGCACCGCAUUCCUACCAGCAAACACCAGAAGAACUGCAGGAAGAACCCCAGACACAAAUCAUACUAUCAGAAUCAGGUCACCCCAUUUUAAAACGGAGAAGAGGCAGGCCACCCAAUAUGCGAGAGCCUUCGCUGGAGGGUGGCUGGACCUUUCUUACGCCUACGGUGUGGGAUGUCAAUCAUCCUCAGCAAGGAUCCGCACCAGCCACUUUACCAAGCACAUCCGAUUCGGUCAUGAACGGAUCCAUGGCUGCCUUUACUAGCUCCAAUAUGGAUAUGGUACUUCAAAUGCCGCGUAAAAAACGAGGUCGUAAGCCCAAGACUCAUAUCGUUGGAAAUUCAUGCUUUGUGUGGAAAGAUAUUACUGCCGCAAGAAGAUCGACAAAAGUCAUCAAAGAACAACAAAAAGCCGCCCUAAGAAGAUUGGAGCAAGCACCAUUGUAAAUAAAUAAAUAAAUAAAAAUUCACUUAGUUUAGUAAAUUCCCA